AUGGCAUCUAAACUUUCACUCGCAGCUAUCCUUGCAAUGCCUGCCCUGUCUUUGGGGUCCCCGCUUCCUCAGGUUCCGGCCGGAAUUGUCGGCGGCACUGAAGCCCAGCUGGGCGAUUUCCCUUACAUCGUCAGUAUCGCGAGAAAUGGCGGUCGCUGGUGUGGUGGCAGUCUGUUGGACGCCAACACUAUCUUGACAGCAGCCCAUUGCUCUCAGUUGAACCCCUCAAGUGUGCAAGUUCGCGCAGGAAGUCUCAAAUGGUCGACAGGAGGCAAGCAAGUCGGCGUCUCCUCAAUUGUUAGCCAUCCUGACUACAACGCGGGGACCGUCGAUAACGAUGUUGCCAUCUGGCGUCUUGCGAGCCCAAUCGAGGCCAGUGACACGAUUGGUUACGCUACGUUGGCCAAAAAUGGCUCUGAUCCCGUCGCGGACUCUCUCCUUACGGUUGCGGGCUGGGGUGCCUUGACCCAAGGCGGGCCUUCGUCCGAGGCUCUUCAGAAAGUCACUGUGCCCGUCGUUUCACGUGCCGAGUGUCGUGAACAGUAUGGUGAGGCCGCAAUUACUGAAGGCAUGUUUUGCGCUGGUCUGGAUGAAGGAGGCAAGGACUCCUGCCAGGGCGACAGCGGCGGCCCAAUCGUUGAUGAUGCGACUGGAGAGGUGGUUGGAGUAGUUUCCUGGGGUCAAGGGUGUGCCCAGCCCGGUUUCGCUGGUGUGUAUGCGAGGGUUGGUCAAUUUAUUUCCUUUAUUACCAGUACCGCCAGUACGGCCCUUGCAAAUCAUAGGUCUAGAGUAUGA